AUGGACGAACAGUUGGCUAAGAUAGCUGAUAUCUGCCUGACCCUUCGAGAGCACGAGCAGCUAACGGGUGACAUUCUUCGACACGGAAUGGCGCGAAUUUUCAAUGUAAAUUUGGUGAACGAAGCGCAAGCUGUCAUUGGUCUUGAGGAGCUACGUGCUGUGUUAGGCUUUGCCCCACCCGGGAAUUGGACAAACUAUAAGGAACCCAGCAGAGAGGAAAUCGCAGCCGCCCUCACUAUCGAAGAGUACUACGAGCUAAGGGAACCACGCAGUAAGAUGCGUAGCCUUAAUAGCACGCUAUUCUUUGAGAAGAACUUCCCUCCCGCCAUAGCGUUCUUGGACAUGCGAAUGCCAGCCAUUCGUGCCAUUUAUCGACUUAAGUUUGAAGAAAUUCGUCGUCAUCAUGGUCCAAAAGGCAUAGCAGACAGGAAAGAGAUUGAUCGCAUGCUUGAAGAUUUUCGUACCACUUCUCUCCGUAUCGACCGUGCAUUUCAACAAAUCUUUCUUAGAAAUUCUCUAUGCCUGCUAGCUAAGGGAAUGCUUCACAAUUGA